UCACACCCCCUGCCCCCUCAUGCCAUCCGCUCCCCCCGCCCCUACCCUCCGCGUGCCCGCUCCCUUGCCGCCUCUUUUGACCCUCCCUGCCCCCCUCGCCGUUUUCCCACCGCCCGCCAUUCGCUCCUCCCCGCCCGUGCGCUCCCCUCGUUUACCUUCUCCUCCCCCCUCCCCUCCUCUGCUGCACGCCUCUUCCUUCCCCUCGCCGACCCACUCCACUCCCUGCCCCUCCUCAAUCCGCACCCUGCCCCUCGUAUCUCGCCCCCCCUAUGCUUGGUUUCUCCCCUCCCUGCCCCUCGCCGCCUUUCUCCGCCCCCCACCUCCCCCCUCUCCCUGCCCCCCCACUCUCCCACCCUUGCCCUUGGCUUCCUACCUCCCUGCCCCACCUUUCCCCCCUCUGUGUGCUCAGCUUCUCCCCUCCCUGCCCCUCCCUCCUCCCCGCCCUGCCCCUCGUUUUCCGCCCCCCCACGCCCGGUUUCUCCCCUCCCCGCGCCUCCCUUUCUUUCUCCGUGCCUCUCCUCUGCUCCCUCCCUGCCCCCGCCUGCCCAUGCCCCUGUCUUUGGCUUCUCCCCUCCCUGCCCCACGUUUCUUCCCUCCCUGCCCACCCCCUCUGCCCCUCCCUUGUUUUCCCCUCACCCAUUGCUUCUCCCCUCCCUGCCCUUGAUUUCCCGCACCCCUGCCCUUGUUUCCUACCAUCCAUGCCCCUCGUUUCCCCCCCUUUGUACGUUCAGCCUCUUCCCUCCCUGCCCCUCCCUUCCUCCCCCCCUGCCCUUUGCUCUCCCCUCGUUACGCUCCCUUCUCCCCAUCCCUGCUGCCCUCUUACCACCAUCAGCCCAUCCCCACCACCAGCCCCCCUCCCACCCUUCUCUCCCCCCCUCCCUUUCCCUCUCUCUCUUUCUCACACACACACACGCACACUCCCCUCCCCCACCCCCCACCCACAUCCUCCCAUUCUGCCCCUCCCUGCCCCUUUCCCACCCCCUCGCACGCCCCUCACCUCCCACCUCCGUGCAACUGGUUUCCCCCCCCUAUGGUGCCUCCCUUGCAUCGCUCGCCCCUCUGCUCACCCUCUGCCCGCCCCUUUUCCGUGCCCUCAGCUGGCCCAGCCCCUGCCCGUUGCUGCCCCUCCCCUUGCCCCCUCAACUCCCCUGCCCCCCGUACACCCCAGUCCCAUCCAACCGCCCCCACCCUCCCCCGGCUGCCCGUUUCCGCUCUCCACCCCCCGCGACCAUGUGCGGCUUCCAACCGCCCAACGGUGGUGCGCACGGGGCGUUUCUUCGCACGGGCAAGCCUCCCCGGGGGCCCCCCACCCCGCUGGGUCGUUCCCAGUACUGCUCUACGCUGUUCACACAGUUGGAGGCGGCUCGAGCGAGACUACUGGGACAGCCAGUGGUGGGAGAGGGGACACGGGCUGAGGGACCGGGGGAGCGGAGAGGCGUGGCGGGACAGCCGGGUGGCGGGGGACAGUGGGGACGGCACCAGCUGCGGGGUCAGGUGGAGCGAGGGACAGGUGGGCAGAGGGGACGGCAGGGGGAGCAGACAGGCCAGGACAGGGAGGGGGGACGGCACAGGCAGCAGCAGGAGAGCCAGUGGAGGCCGCGGGCCCAGGGCGCCGCGCCUCCAGGUUCGGCCUUGGGGGCGGGGCAGGGGCGGGAGCAGCAGAGAGCGGACGGAGGUACAGGAGGGGCAGCGGGAUUGGGAGGGGAGGGCCAGGGAGUGAGAGAGGCAGCAGGGGAUGGAGCAGGGGGGUCGGGAGGUUUGGGGGAGGGUAGAGAGGGGGAGGGGAGAGGACAGGUGGAUGGAGGAGAGGAGAGGGGGCAGAGAGACGAUCGGAGAGGGGGCACCAAGGGACCAGACAGGGCAGCAGCCAGCGCAACAGCAGGGACCAGUCGGACGCACAGGCCGUCGGAUCCACAGCGGGAGGGGAACGUGCAGCUGAGACGGGCGACCCCCACACAGAUUGGAGUGGCAGCAGCUAGGCGGGUGCAGGAGAAGCUGCGUCACUGGGGGCCGCACUUAGAGGGGCUGCAGCCGGCACCACACUUUUACGCGUGCGUGGCGGAGACCUUUGGCCUUCUGAGUGAGCCGCUGCGUCAGUUUCUGGGGCUCUGCGCAAAGAGGAUAGCACAGCGGAGGAGGGAUAGAGGUGGGGGGGAUGACGGAUCGGCACGGAUAUUUGAGGCAGGACUCACUACACGCCUCUCCGUUGCACUGCAGCGCGCGCAGGCUCAAUGCAUGAUCCAGCAUGCGUCACACCCCCUGCCCCCUCAUGCCAUCCGCUCCCCCCGCCCCUACCCUCCGCGUGCCCGCUCCCUUGCCGCCUCUUUUGACCCUCCCUGCCCCCCUCGCCGUUUCCCACCGCCCGCCAUUCGCUCCUCCCCGCCCGUGCGCUCCCCUCGUUUACCUUCUCCUCCCCCCUCCCCUCCUCUGCUGCACGCCUCUUCCUUCCCCUCGCCGACCCACUCCACUCCCUGCCCCUCCUCAAUCCGCACCCUGCCCCUCGUAUCUCGCCCCCCUAUGCUUGCUUCUCCCCUCCCUGCCCCUCCCUCCUCCCCGCCCUGCCCCUCGUUUUCCGCCCCCCCACGCCCGGUUUCUCCCCUCCCCGCGCCUCCCUUUCUUUCUCCGUGCCUCUCCUCUGCUCCCUCCCUGCCCCCGCCUGCCCAUGCCCCUGUCUUUGGCUUCUCCCCUCCCUGCCCCACGUUUCUUCCCUCCCUGCCCACCCCCUCUGCCCCUCCCUUGUUUUCCCCUCACCCAUUGCUUCUCCCCUCCCUGCCCUUGAUUUCCCGCACCCCUGCCCUUGUUUCCUACCAUCCAUGCCCCUCGUUUCCCCCCCUUUGUACGUUCAGCCUCUUCCCUCCCUGCCCCUCCCUUCCUCCCCCCCUGCCCUUUGCUCUCCCCUCGUUACGCUCCCUUCUCCCCAUCCCUGCUGCCCUCUUACCACCAUCAGCCCAUCCCCACCACCAGCCCCCCUCCCACCCUUCUCUCCCCCCCUCCCUUUCCCUCUCUCUCUUUCUCACACACACACACGCACACUCCCCUCCCCCACCCCCCACCCACAUCCUCCCAUUCUGCCCCUCCCUGCCCCUUUCCCACCCCCUCGCACGCCCCUCACCUCCCACCUCCGUGCAACUGGUUUCCCCCCCCUAUGGUGCCUCCCUUGCAUCGCUCGCCCCUCUGCUCACCCUCUGCCCGCCCCUUUUCCGUGCCCUCAGCUGGCCCAGCCCCUGCCCGUUGCUGCCCCUCCCCUUGCCCCCUCAACUCCCCUGCCCCCCGUACACCCCAGUCCCAUCCAACCGCCCCCACCCUCCCCCGGCUGCCCGUUUCCGCUCUCCACCCCCGCGACCGUGUGCGGCUUCCAACCGCCCAACGGUGGUGCGCACGGGGCAUGCACUAGGCCGUCGCACACCCCUUCCUCGCCGCACAGGUCACCGGUCACGCACCGCCACCGAUCCCUCUGCAGCAGAUGAGCGCCGCAUUGCACGUUGCCUUCGUCUGGCAGCGUGCAAUGAGACCUCACGGGCGUGCGCGGCUCUCGAGUCCGCGGAGGCAGCCCCAGAUACACAGGGGACGAUACAGCGCCUGCAGUCGAAGCACCCCAACGCGGAGAGGCCGACCCCAGCUUGGCUGUCUGGCUUCCAGGGGUCCCCUCUCGUGCUCUCGGUGGAUCACUUACGCCGCGCGAUUUUCACAGCUCCGCGGGGCUCUUCGGGAGGACCGUCCGGUUGGGUCGCUGAGCACCUGCGAGACACUUUCCUAGCUUUCCCUCAGAGUCUCCAUUUCCUCCUGGCCGUGUACCAGCAGUGGCUCCGAGGCCGUUGCGCUCCAGCUGCGCGCUCCUUGCUAGCGUCCUCCACCCUCGUGGCUCUGGCGAAGUCGAACAUGGAUGUUCGGCCGAUUGCCAUCGGCGAGGUUUUGGUCCGCAUUCUUUCUCGGGCAGUUUGUCUCCAGCUACGUGACCAGAUGGCGAGGGUCUUCUUGGCAUCACAGCAGUUUGGGGUGGGGGUUACGUGCGGGACAGAGGUCGUAGUUAGAGGCGUCCGCCGCGCUCUGGCUGACCACCCAGACUGGGUGGUCCUGCAGCUAGACGUGGCGAAUGCCUUUAACUCUUUCCACCGAGACAGGAUGUUUCAGGCGCUGCAGGCCAGUCCGGAGUUUCAGUGUCUGAUCCCCUUCAUCGGCCUCUUCUACGGGACGCCCUCGGAUCUCCACUACAGGUCAGGCACGGGAGUGGUCACGAUGCACUCGGAGCGGGGCACUCGCCAGGGAGACCCUCUCAGCCCCUUCUUGUACGCUCUGACACAGCGUCUUGCUUUGGAGCCGGUUCUGGCGGAGGGGGAUGUCCAGCUCUGGUCGUACGCCGAUGACACGUACGUGCUAGGUCCCCCAGACAGGGUGCUGCACCAUUUUGCCGAGAUCGUGAGGCGCUUGGGCGAGAUGGGCCUUGCAGCCCAGCCGCACAAGUGCCUCGUCUACCAGACAGAGUCCUUUCUGUCCAGGGAUCUGGAGGCUUUCACGGGCCUAGGGAUCGAGGUCGCACGCCGAGGGCUCACCGUGACAGGCGUACCGGUAGGCACCGUUUCGUUCGUGGAGCAGAGUCUCCCGGAUCGUCUCGAGAGGAUGGGGCGGGUGCUACCUUGGCUUCCGAGGUUGCGCCAGCCCCAGACAGCUGCCCGCCUUCUUUCGGCGUGUGUCAGCACUCGUCCGCAGUACCUGUCGAGGACCGUCCCUCCUUCGCCCGCAGUGAUCUCCAGUUUUACACGGUGGGACGCACGCCUGGGAGAGACUUUUCAGCAGCUUUUAGCUUCAGGGACCUGGGCUUGUCGCGAGGACGUCCGAGAGGCCGCCCUAGACCAGAUCUUCCUCCCCAUCCGUCUCGGGGGUUUCGGCAUUCGUCGCAUGGCGCGCAUGGCCCCGGUGAGUUUCGUGUGCUCCUGGGUGCAGUGUGCACCCAUUCUCUGUUCUCUCCCUGCGUGUGGCGAGGUGUUUCGGCAGAGCUUCGCUUCAGGUGAGCCAGAGCAGAUCGACCGGGCUCUGCAGACGGCGCUAGAGGGUCUCCCUCCUGACGUUCUCUCUCUCCUUCCCCCCUGGCCCUCUUGCGCUUCUGCCUCCCCCGAUUCCCUUUUUGCAGGAGCGAGCCGUCUUCUGGAGGCGCAUGCCUUGGAGGCCGUGCGUGCCCGUCACACCUCUCCCUUGCACCUUGCCCGUUUGACUUCCCUUCAGGGCGGAGGUGCAGGAGCGUGGUUGACGUCGGUGCCGUACGCCGACCCACUGCGCAUCCCGGAGGCGCUGUGGCAGGCGGCUUCAUCUUCUCGUCUUGGUCUCCCUAUCCCCCAGUUAGCCCUUGCAGGUCAGUGCUCCUGCGGACAGGCGAUUGACGACAUGACGGUGCCUCAUCACGCGGUUCGGUGCCCGCGUUACGGGGUCGCCACUACCAUCCACGACACGGUGAAGUACAUGCUUCGAGACUUUGCGGUCGAGGCGGGCUUCGCGGUAAAGGUGGAGGACUCUACGCUGUUCACACAGUUGGAGGCGGCUCGAGCGAGACUACUGGGACAGCCAGUGGUGGGAGAGGGGACACGGGCUGAGGGACCGGGGGAGCGGAGAGGCGAGGCGGGACAGCCGGGUGGCGGGGGACAGUGGGGACGGCACCAGCUGCGGGGUCAGGUGGAGCGAGGGACAGGUGGGCAGAGGGGACGGCAGGGGGAGCAGACGGGCCAGGACGGGGAGGGGGGACGGCACAGGCAGCAGCAGGAGAGCCAGUGGAGGCCGCGGGCCCAGGGCGCCGCGCCUCCAGGUUCGGCCUCGGGGGCGGGGCAGGGGCGGGAGCAGCAGAGAGCGGACGGAGGUACAGGAGGGGCAGCGGGAUUGGGAGGGGAGGGCCAGGGAGUGAGAGAGGCAGCAGGGGAUGGAGCAGGGGGGUCGGGAGGUUUGGGGGAGGGUAGGGAGGGGGAGGGGAGAGGACAGGUGGAUGGAGGAGAGGAGAGGGGGAGAGAGACGAUCGGAGAGGGGGCACCAAGGGACCAGACAGGGCAGCAGCCAGCGCAACAGCAGGGACCAGUCGGACGCACAGGCCGUGUAGGCACCGCCUCCCGCAUUCCAGACCUCACCUGCCGCGACGUUGGCCAGGGUCUGAUGGUUCUUGUGGAUGUCUCCAUAGCGGAUCCACAGCGGGAGGGGAACGUGCAGCUGAGACGGGCGACCCCCACACAGAUUGGAGUGGCAGCAGCUAGGCGGGUGCAGGAGAAGCUGCGUCACUGGGGGCCGCACUUAGAGGGGCUGCAGCCGGCACCACACUUUUACGCGUGCGUGGCGGAGACCUUUGGCCUUCUGAGUGAGCCGCUGCGUCAGUUUCUGGGGCUCUGCGCAAAGAGGAUAGCACAGCGGAGGAGGGAUAGAGGUGGGGGGGAUGACGGAUCGGCACGGAUAUUUGAGGCAGGACUCACUACACGCCUCUCCGUUGCACUGCAGCGCGCGCAGGCUCAAUGCAUGAUCCAGCAUGCGGUGCGGCAGUUAGGGAGUCACACCCCCUGCCCCCUCAUGCCAUCCGCUCCCCCCGCCCCUACCCUCCGCGUGCCCGCUCCCUUGCCGCCUCUUUUGACCCUCCCUGCCCCCCUCGCCGUUUCCCACCGCCCGCCAUUCGCUCCUCCCCGCCCGUGCGCUCCCCUCGUUUACCUUCUCCUCCCCCCUCCCCUCCUCUGCUGCACGCCUCUUCCUUCCCCUCGCCGACCCACUCCACUCCCUGCCCCUCCUCAAUCCGCACCCUGCCCCUCGUAUCUCGCCCCCCUAUGCUUGGUUUCUCCCCUCCCUGCCCCUCGCCGCCUUUCUCCGCCCCCCACCUCCCCCCUCUCCCUGCCCCCCCACUCUCCCACCCUUGCCCUUGGCUUCCUACCUCCCUGCCCCACCUUUCCCCCCUCUGUGUGCUCAGCUUCUCCCCUCCCUGCCCCUCCCUCCUCCCCGCCCUGCCCCUCGUUUUCCGCCCCCCCACGCCCGGUUUCUCCCCUCCCCGCGCCUCCCUUUCUUUCUCCGUGCCUCUCCUCUGCUCCCUCCCUGCCCCCGCCUGCCCAUGCCCCUGUCUUUGGCUUCUCCCCUCCCUGCCCCACGUUUCUUCCCUCCCUGCCCACCCCCUCUGCCCCUCCCUUGUUUUCCCCUCACCCAUUGCUUCUCCCCUCCCUGCCCUUGAUUUCCCGCACCCCUGCCCUUGUUUCCUACCAUCCAUGCCCCUCGUUUCCCCCCCUUUGUACGUUCAGCCUCUUCCCUCCCUGCCCCUCCCUUCCUCCCCCCCUGCCCUUUGCUCUCCCCUCGUUACGCUCCCUUCUCCCCAUCCCUGCUGCCCUCUUACCACCAUCAGCCCAUCCCCACCACCAGCCCCCCUCCCACCCUUCUCUCCCCCCCUCCCUUUCCCUCUCUCUCUUUCUCACACACACACACGCACACUCCCCUCCCCCACCCCCCACCCACAUCCUCCCAUUCUGCCCCUCCCUGCCCCUUUCCCACCCCCUCGCACGCCCCUCACCUCCCACCUCCGUGCAACUGCUGGCCCAGCCCCUGCCCGUUGCUGCCCCUCCCCUUGCCCCCUCAACUCCCCUGCCCCCCGUACACCCCAGUCCCAUCCAACCGCCCCCACCCUCCCCCGGCUGCCCGUUUCCGCUCUCCACCCCCGCGACCGUGCGCGGCUUCCAACCGCCCAACGGUGGUGCGCACGGGGCCAUUACCGCCCCUCUCCCCUUAUCCCCCACCACGCCCCCAAGCAGGCCUUUCUCCCCCCAGCCUCCCGUCUCCCUGCCCUUAGUACCGCCGCGCUCUGCCCGUGCGUCACCCUUGCCCACUUCAUACCACCUCCCCCUUCUCCCCCCCCCCCGGCUUCUCCCUAUCAUCACCCGCAUGUUCCCCCACUCCCCUGUCCACAACGUCCCUCCACCCCCCUUCCUGCUUUCCCCACUCCCACUCUGCCCCCCACACCUCUACGAGCCGUACUUCCCCCUCCAGCCUCCCUUUCCCCCCCAGCUACUUCCGCAUCCAGCGUGGGCUGCACCUCUGCAUCCCGCCCUGCCAGGCCCUUCGGUGACCCAACUGCCGCCACCUGGCACCACGCCGCCUUUCCCACCCCCAUCCAAUCUCUACACCCCCUGCCCCUGCUCCCUGCGCAAUCCAGCCACCUACCCCAGCCUCCCUCUACCUCUCCCUAACUCCACACCGCCGUUCCUACCCCCAGCCAAGGUCUACACCCCUUGCUUUUGCUCCCUGGGCUGUGCCGUCCCCAACCUCCCUCCGCCUUUCCGCGGCACCAGACCGCCUCUCCCUCCCCCAGCCAACUUUUGCACCCCCUGUUCCUGCCCCUUGUGCCCUCCAACACCCUACCUCAACCCCCCCCAGUCUCCCCCUUCUCCAACACCCUCCAUAUUUCCUCCCCCCUGGGGCUCGCCCAUCCGCAGCUAUCACCCUUCAUCGAUUCCCCAAUUCCCUCUGUCCCCUGUUUCCCGGCCCCGCAUCCUAUCCUGCAUUUACCACAGCACCUCCUUUCGGUGCCCUCUCUGCCCUCCCACGUUCUCACCCCCCGCCUCCCAACCUUCUCAUUACCCGCUACCAGGCUCACGCCAACUCGACUACCCACUACCCUUUGCCCCUUCCUCUCUGUUCCCCACCCUUCCUUUCCCACCUGGCUCCACCUGCCCACCCCCACCUCCCGUGGAAUUCUGCCCUGCCCUCCCCACCUCUGGCCCACCACCUGUCCCCACACCCUGCUCACCCACCGCUACACCACCCCCGCCCCCCCACCUCCACUACAGCCCGCCAACACUUCCCCUCUCAAUCGGCCCCCAGCCCGCCCCCCCCUUGGGCCCCAAUCCCCUCCAACUGUCAGGCCCCCUCUACCCUCUCUUCCACCCACUGCGCACCGCUUUCCCCACCCUUUUCCCCUUUCCCCAAGCUAACCCCCCGCACCCCGGCCUCUGCCAGGGAGUUCCUUCCCCCUUUGACGCCCUCUUGAGCCAACCCCAGCAACUCACACCGCCACCGCCAGGCAUGCUGCCUCUAGCCAGGGGGGAACUUGCAGCUGACACUGCACGGGAAGGGGUAAGUGAGUUUGUGUGUGAAGGAGCAGCAGAGGCUACAGAGGAUGGGGCAGCAAAGGCUGCACGGGAAGGGGCAAUGGGGGUUGUGGGGGAAGGGGCAGCAGAGGCUGCAGAGGAAAGGGCAGCAGAGGCUGCAAGGGAAGGGGCAGCAGCGGCUGCACGGGAAAGGGCGGCAGGGGCUGCACGGGAAGGGGCGGCAGGGACCGUGACUCUGGCCAGGCAAAGGGCAGAGGCCAUGGAGACAGGUUUUGCAGGAGUAGGGGCCACGGAACCUGCUGCUGCGUCGGCUGGGGGAACCGCAGCAGAGGAGGCUAUAGGGACCGCACCAGCAGUCGAGGCUGCAAGGACUGCAGCAGGAGCGACAGAGGCCACAGCGGGGGCUGGUAUAGGGGGAGGUGCUACGGGUGCAGCGGGGAAGGGGGUAACGGGGACUGGUGCGAGGGAGAGUGCCGCCCCGGCUGUAGCAAGAGAGGGUACGGCAGGGGCCUCAAAGGCAGAAGGUGAGGCUGCAGCUGAAGCAGCAGGGAGGGCCAUAGCACGGCCAGUAGGGGCGGCAGGGGCCGCAGCAAACUCGGGGAAACACACAGCAGGGCCGGCAGGGCCGGCAGAGACUGCAAAAGGGGCUAGCAGUAAAGCGGCAGCAGGCGGGGUGGGCUUGGGGGACAUAGGGGCAACAGGGGAAGGAGAGGGGAGGGUGGUCCCGACCGGGGUGGGCACUGAAGAGGGGGAUGUGAUAGCGAUAGAGGAGGAUGAGGGAGAGGAUGUGAUGCACAUUGACGGGCCACUGGCCCAAUACCUCACGCUUGACGGUGAGGCCGACCCGGCCCCCCUGCAGCCUCACGUCGAGGUUCCCCCUCUACCCCCCAUGCCCGUCCCCAUGCUAGCAGAAGGACCGAUGGAGGGGCUGGGGGAGACCUUGAGGACAGAGCCGCGCGAGGGAGCCCCCAUCCUCACCUCCCGUCCUCCAGCCCACCAGCCCCCAGGAGCACCACUUCCCCACCCCCACCCUCAGGUCCCGGUAGUGUCCAGGGGGGCAGCCAAGGCCCUGGCCUUCUUGGCGGAGCCGUGCUCCCCGACCCCCACGCUGCUCCAUGGCCAGCCCCCCUCUCCGUCCCCAACGCCUGACCCCACGGUUGCAGGCGGUCCACCGGGAGAGCACGCGGGUGCGACAAGAGCAGAGUCACCCGAGGGCACCCCUUCUCUCACCUCUCACCCCUCCCCGCCCCUUCCCUCACUCCUUCCUUCACCCCCAAGGGCAGCACACCUCUGCCCCCACCCUCAGGGGCUCCUUAGAGCACCACGUGGAGCAGCCAGGGCUCUGGUCUUCCUAGAGGAGCCAUGCUCCCCGACUCCUACCAACACCCAGCCACCCCUUACCGGCCCACUACCCCCUCCUCCACCAGGCCCCCCCCCACCCGGUAGUACACACAUCUCGGAGGUUGAAGCAUCUCUGCGGCCAAAUCCCUCUCCCACACGCUACAGGCACCCAAACCACCCGAGUCGCCGCACAGCCCCAACACGCCCACCCAACAGGCUGCCCUCCCCACACCACCCCCCCCAGGCAGCCGAGACCCACCCGCAAGGGCUUGCGCCCCAGGCUCAUGGGAGCGGCGGCACCCGGGUAGAGGGGCCCACAGGAGAGGCCACCACAGAGCCCACACAAAUCUCUCUCCCCCCACCGUUUGUACCUCGCUCUAACCUCCACACUGGCCCAGCCCCUCGACCCCCACCUCCAACCCCCUCUCCCGGCCGGGUUCCCCACGAGUGGCCCCGUUGGGCAGCCAUCACCCCCCACACACAGCUUGCCCGAUCUGUUCCCACGGAGGGGGAUGUUUCGAGGAGAGUGGGGAUGCACACAGAGCACCCCCUGCCUGGCGAACCACCCAUCCUCCCUCCACCCACCCCUUUGGCCCCACAGCCCCCCCUUCCUUCACAAACAGGCGCGGACAACCAGGUUGGCCGCCGGCGGAAGAACAGGGGCAGAGGAGGCAGAGGGUCAGCCCACGUACUCCCCCCUCCCUCCCUCCCCCACCAAGAGCCCCUCCCCACCUCACAUCCCGUUGAACAAUUACCAGGCCCUACCUCUACAGCCCGUCCACCAAACCUACACUCCCGCCCCGCUCCUGCACCUCCACAGGGCCAUGGGAGCGGACCAGCCCACUCACCCCCAUUCUGCCCCUCCCGUGCUGUGUCCCCCUCCCAGGUGGCGGCGGCCGCGAUCGCUACUGGGAGGGGGGCCGUCGGGUUGAGGGAUGCGCCCAUGGCAGACGCCACCGACUCCCCCUCCCAUCCCUCCCACCCCUUCCAUGUCGACGACCCCCUACCGCAACCCAUGGUGAUUGGGGAGGGCCAAGGGGGCCUUCUAGGGCAGGGUCCACACCCGAGCUCCGCUCAGCCAGCACGCCCCACUCCACCCUCUACCCUGCCAGCCCUCCUACUCUCACCUACAGGCAGGCAGGUCUUCGAGACCCCAGAGGAGGUGAGGGCUGGCAUUUCAGAUUUGCUGGCGAUACACCGCCUGAGCAGCUCUCCGGCUGCCCCCACCCUUCCAGUCCCACAGGACCGGACCCGGACGUAUGCGGAGGUCACCCGGUCUGUCCCUUCUUUUAUCCCCCCCGCCACUCAGCCAGGCGCGUCACUCCCGACCCCAAUGGAGACGGACCGGGGUCUGAGGCCGUGUCACUCGCACCUAGACGGGGUGGCGCCUCCCCCCGUUCAGCCCGUGGCGCAGGAGGUCACCAGCAGUAGGGAUGAGGCAUCCGCCCCUACCGAGACCCCUCCGCCUGGGGUAGCAGAGCCGUCACUUGAACCGCACCCCGCCGAGGGGCAGGAGCACACCACGGCACACACUUCAGGCUCACCUCCACGUCCCCCCUCCCCAGCUUCAACACCGGUGCCGGCACGAGGCCCGGCCCUAUCCUGUGCGACACCACCUCUAUCUUCGCUGACACCCCCCCCGCGCGGGGCUGGUGAGUCGUCUCCUCCCCUCAUCCCAGGCGAUCCUGUCGGAGCUCAGGCCGCCCACGGGGUCCCCUCUACAGCCAGUUCCGACGCCACGGCCCCGAUUGACCCCGCCGACACGGCGACAUCACCCGACCAGGUCGUGAGUUGCCCCACCUGCAGGAGCUCUCUCGCGAACCGACGCGCGCUCCAGCACCACAUUCCCUUCUGCCAUCCUGCGGACGCGGCUCGCAGGGCGCAGGCUGCCCAUGAUACCGCCUCGAUCAUCCCUUCCCUCUCACAGCCCCGUGCGACCGGGAUGCAGUUCACCGACGCACAGUGGCAGACGCUCGACUCGGUGGACUGGACAGAGUACUUCUCGCCCGAGCGUAUCCAUACACGCCCUCUCCGACGUGUCCCGGAGAGGGUCCGCGGAGGAUAUCUUGACGUCCUCAGUGCGAUCCUAGUCCGCAUUGCCCAGGACCCGGAGGCUGCUGGCCCUACCUUCCUCCUCGCUGCAGCGCCGACUCUUUUCCUUGUUCCAGCGACGCCACCCGACCGCUCGCACACGGCUGCCAUUGCAACGCGCAUCUCUCGCUUUGGUCGAGGUGAGUGGGCUGAGCUAGUCUCAGAUGCACUAGGCCGUCGCACACCCCUUCCUCGCCGCACAGGUCACCGGUCACGCACCGCCACCGAUCCCUCUGCAGCAGAUGAGCGCCGCAUUGCACGUUGCCUUCGUCUGGCAGCGUGCAAUGAGACCUCACGGGCGUGCGCGGCUCUCGAGUCCGCGGAGGCAGCCCCAGAUACACAGGGGACGAUACAGCGCCUGCAGUCGAAGCACCCCAACGCGGAGAGGCCGACCCCAGCUUGGCUGUCUGGCUUCCAGGGGUCCCCUCUCGUGCUCUCGGUGGAUCACUUACGCCGCGCGAUUUUCACAGCUCCGCGGGGCUCUUCGGGAGGACCGUCCGGUUGGGUCGCUGAGCACCUGCGAGACACUUUCCUAGCUUUCCCUCAGAGUCUCCAUUUCCUCCUGGCCGUGUACCAGCAGUGGCUCCGAGGCCGUUGCGCUCCAGCUGCGCGCUCCUUGCUAGCGUCCUCCACCCUCGUGGCUCUGGCGAAGUCGAACAUGGAUGUUCGGCCGAUUGCCAUCGGCGAGGUUUUGGUCCGCAUUCUUUCUCGGGCAGUUUGUCUCCAGCUACGUGACCAGAUGGCGAGGGUCUUCUUGGCAUCACAGCAGUUUGGGGUGGGGGUUACGUGCGGGACAGAGGUCGUAGUUAGAGGCGUCCGCCGCGCUCUGGCUGACCACCCAGACUGGGUGGUCCUGCAGCUAGACGUGGCGAAUGCCUUUAACUCUUUCCACCGAGACAGGAUGUUUCAGGCGCUGCAGGCCAGUCCGGAGUUUCAGUGUCUGAUCCCCUUCAUCGGCCUCUUCUACGGGACGCCCUCGGAUCUCCACUACAGGUCAGGCACGGGAGUGGUCACGAUGCACUCGGAGCGGGGCACUCGCCAGGGAGACCCUCUCAGCCCCUUCUUGUACGCUCUGACACAGCGUCUUGCUUUGGAGCCGGUUCUGGCGGAGGGGGAUGUCCAGCUCUGGUCGUACGCCGAUGACACGUACGUGCUAGGUCCCCCAGACAGGGUGCUGCACCAUUUUGCCGAGAUCGUGAGGCGCUUGGGCGAGAUGGGCCUUGCAGCCCAGCCGCACAAGUGCCUCGUCUACCAGACAGAGUCCUUUCUGUCCAGGGAUCUGGAGGCUUUCACGGGCCUAGGGAUCGAGGUCGCACGCCGAGGGCUCACCGUGACAGGCGUACCGGUAGGCACCGUUUCGUUCGUGGAGCAGAGUCUCCCGGAUCGUCUCGAGAGGAUGGGGCGGGUGCUACCUUGGCUUCCGAGGUUGCGCCAGCCCCAGACAGCUGCCCGCCUUCUUUCGGCGUGUGUCAGCACUCGUCCGCAGUACCUGUCGAGGACCGUCCCUCCUUCGCCCGCAGUGAUCUCCAGUUUUACACGGUGGGACGCACGCCUGGGAGAGACUUUUCAGCAGCUUUUAGCUUCAGGGACCUGGGCUUGUCGCGAGGACGUCCGAGAGGCCGCCCUAGACCAGAUCUUCCUCCCCAUCCGUCUCGGGGGUUUCGGCAUUCGUCGCAUGGCGCGCAUGGCCCCGGUGAGUUUCGUGUGCUCCUGGGUGCAGUGUGCACCCAUUCUCUGUUCUCUCCCUGCGUGUGGCGAGGUGUUUCGGCAGAGCUUCGCUUCAGGUGAGCCAGAGCAGAUCGACCGGGCUCUGCAGACGGCGCUAGAGGGUCUCCCUCCUGACGUUCUCUCUCUCCUUCCCCCCUGGCCCUCUUGCGCUUCUGCCUCCCCCGAUUCCCUUUUUGCAGGAGCGAGCCGUCUUCUGGAGGCGCAUGCCUUGGAGGCCGUGCGUGCCCGUCACACCUCUCCCUUGCACCUUGCCCGUUUGACUUCCCUUCAGGGCGGAGGUGCAGGAGCGUGGUUGACGUCGGUGCCGUACGCCGACCCACUGCGCAUCCCGGAGGCGCUGUGGCAGGCGGCUUCAUCUUCUCGUCUUGGUCUCCCUAUCCCCCAGUUAGCCCUUGCAGGUCAGUGCUCCUGCGGACAGGCGAUUGACGACAUGACGGUGCCUCAUCACGCGGUUCGGUGCCCGCGUUACGGGGUCGCCACUACCAUCCACGACACGGUGAAGUACAUGCUUCGAGACUUUGCGGUCGAGGCGGGCUUCGCGGUAAAGGUGGAGGACUCUACGCUGUUCACACAGUUGGAGGCGGCUCGAGCGAGACUACUGGGACAGCCAGUGGUGGGAGAGGGGACACGGGCUGAGGGACCGGGGGAGCGGAGAGGCGAGGCGGGACAGCCGGGUGGCGGGGGACAGUGGGGACGGCACCAGCUGCGGGGUCAGGUGGAGCGAGGGACAGGUGGGCAGAGGGGACGGCAGGGGGAGCAGACGGGCCAGGACGGGGAGGGGGGACGGCACAGGCAGCAGCAGGAGAGCCAGUGGAGGCCGCGGGCCCAGGGCGCCGCGCCUCCAGGUUCGGCCUCGGGGGCGGGGCAGGGGCGGGAGCAGCAGAGAGCGGACGGAGGUACAGGAGGGGCAGCGGGAUUGGGAGGGGAGGGCCAGGGAGUGAGAGAGGCAGCAGGGGAUGGAGCAGGGGGGUCGGGAGGUUUGGGGGAGGGUAGGGAGGGGGAGGGGAGAGGACAGGUGGAUGGAGGAGAGGAGAGGGGGAGAGAGACGAUCGGAGAGGGGGCACCAAGGGACCAGACAGGGCAGCAGCCAGCGCAACAGCAGGGACCAGUCGGACGCACAGGCCGUGUAGGCACCGCCUCCCGCAUUCCAGACCUCACCUGCCGCGACGUUGGCCAGGGUCUGAUGGUUCUUGUGGAUGUCUCCAUAGCGGAUCCACAGCGGGAGGGGAACGUGCAGCUGAGACGGGCGACCCCCACACAGAUUGGAGUGGCAGCAGCUAGGCGGGUGCAGGAGAAGCUGCGUCACUGGGGGCCGCACUUAGAGGGGCUGCAGCCGGCACCACACUUUUACGCGUGCGUGGCGGAGACCUUUGGCCUUCUGAGUGAGCCGCUGCGUCAGUUUCUGGGGCUCUGCGCAAAGAGGAUAGCACAGCGGAGGAGGGAUAGAGGUGGGGGGGAUGACGGAUCGGCACGGAUAUUUGAGGCAGGACUCACUACACGCCUCUCCGUUGCACUGCAGCGCGCGCAGGCUCAAUGCAUGAUCCAGCAUGCGGUGCGGCAGUUAGGGAGUCACACCCCCUGCCCCCUCAUGCCAUCCGCUCCCCCCGCCCCUACCCUCCGCGUGCCCGCUCCCUUGCCGCCUCUUUUGACCCUCCCUGCCCCCCUCGCCGUUUCCCACCGCCCGCCAUUCGCUCCUCCCCGCCCGUGCGCUCCCCUCGUUUACCUUCUCCUCCCCCCUCCCCUCCUCUGCUGCACGCCUCUUCCUUCCCCUCGCCGACCCACUCCACUCCCUGCCCCUCCUCAAUCCGCACCCUGCCCCUCGUAUCUCGCCCCCCUAUGCUUGGUUUCUCCCCUCCCUGCCCCUCGCCGCCUUUCUCCGCCCCCCACCUCCCCCCUCUCCCUGCCCCCCCACUCUCCCACCCUUGCCCUUGGCUUCCUACCUCCCUGCCCCACCUUUCCCCCCUCUGUGUGCUCAGCUUCUCCCCUCCCUGCCCCUCCCUCCUCCCCGCCCUGCCCCUCGUUUUCCGCCCCCCCACGCCCGGUUUCUCCCCUCCCCGCGCCUCCCUUUCUUUCUCCGUGCCUCUCCUCUGCUCCCUCCCUGCCCCCGCCUGCCCAUGCCCCUGUCUUUGGCUUCUCCCCUCCCUGCCCCACGUUUCUUCCCUCCCUGCCCACCCCCUCUGCCCCUCCCUUGUUUUCCCCUCACCCAUUGCUUCUCCCCUCCCUGCCCUUGAUUUCCCGCACCCCUGCCCUUGUUUCCUACCAUCCAUGCCCCUCGUUUCCCCCCCUUUGUACGUUCAGCCUCUUCCCUCCCUGCCCCUCCCUUCCUCCCCCCCUGCCCUUUGCUCUCCCCUCGUUACGCUCCCUUCUCCCCAUCCCUGCUGCCCUCUUACCACCAUCAGCCCAUCCCCACCACCAGCCCCCCUCCCACCCUUCUCUCCCCCCCUCCCUUUCCCUCUCUCUCUUUCUCACACACACACACGCACACUCCCCUCCCCCACCCCCCACCCACAUCCUCCCAUUCUGCCCCUCCCUGCCCCUUUCCCACCCCCUCGCACGCCCCUCACCUCCCACCUCCGUGCAACUGGUUUCCCCCCCCUAUGGUGCCUCCCUUGCAUCGCUCGCCCCUCUGCUCACCCUCUGCCCGCCCCUUUUCCGUGCCCUCAGCUGGCCCAGCCCCUGCCCGUUGCUGCCCCUCCCCUUGCCCCCUCAACUCCCCUGCCCCCCGUACACCCCAGUCCCAUCCAACCGCCCCCACCCUCCCCCGGCUGCCCGUUUCCGCUCUCCACCCCCGCGACCAUGUGCGGCUUCCAACCGCCCAACGGUGGUGCGCACGGGGCCCCAGUACUGCUCUACGCUGUUCACACAGUUGGAGGCGGCUCGAGCGAGACUACUGGGACAGCCAGUGGUGGGAGAGGGGACACGGGCUGAGGGACCGGGGGAGCGGAGAGGCGUGGCGGGACAGCCGGGUGGCGGGGGACAGUGGGGACGGCACCAGCUGCGGGGUCAGGUGGAGCGAGGGACAGGUGGGCAGAGGGGACGGCAGGGGGAGCAGACAGGCCAGGACAGGGAGGGGGGACGGCACAGGCAGCAGCAGGAGAGCCAGUGGAGGCCGCGGGCCCAGGGCGCCGCGCCUCCAGGUUCGGCCUUGGGGGCGGGGCAGGGGCGGGAGCAGCAGAGAGCGGACGGAGGUACAGGAGGGGCAGCGGGAUUGGGAGGGGAGGGCCAGGGAGUGAGAGAGGCAGCAGGGGAUGGAGCAGGGGGGUCGGGAGGUUUGGGGGAGGGUAGAGAGGGGGAGGGGAGAGGACAGGUGGAUGGAGGAGAGGAGAGGGGCAGAGAGACGAUCGGAGAGGGGGCACCAAGGGACCAGACAGGGCAGCAGCCAGCGCAACAGCAGGGACCAGUCGGACGCACAGGCCGUGUAGGCACCGCCUCCCGCAUUCCAGACCCCACCUGCCGCGACGUUGGCCAGGGUCUGAUGGUUCUUGUGGAUGUCUCCAUAGCGGAUCCACAGCGGGAGGGGAACGUGCAGCUGAGACGGGCGACCCCCACACAGAUUGGAGUGGCAGCAGCUAGGCGGGUGCAGGAGAAGCUGCGUCACUGGGGGCCGCACUUAGAGGGGCUGCAGCCGGCACCACACUUUUACGCGUGCGUGGCGGAGACCUUUGGCCUUCUGAGUGAGCCGCUGCGUCAGUUUCUGGGGCUCUGCGCAAAGAGGAUAGCACAGCGGAGGAGGGAUAGAGGUGGGGGGGAUGACGGAUCGGCACGGAUAUUUGAGGCAGGACUCACUACACGCCUCUCCGUUGCACUGCAGCGCGCGCAGGCUCAAUGCAUGAUCCAGCAUGCGGUGCGGCAGUUAGGGAGUCACACCCCCUGCCCCCUCAUGCCAUCCGCUCCCCCCGCCCCUACCCUCCGCGUGCCCGCUCCCUUGCCGCCUCUUUUGACCCUCCCUGCCCCCCUCGCCGUUUCCCACCGCCCGCCAUUCGCUCCUCCCCGCCCGUGCGCUCCCCUCGUUUACCUUCUCCUCCCCCCUCCCCUCCUCUGCUGCACGCCUCUUCCUUCCCCUCGCCGACCCACUCCACUCCCUGCCCCUCCUCAAUCCGCACCCUGCCCCUCGUAUCUCGCCCCCCUAUGCUUGGUUUCUCCCCUCCCUGCCCCUCGCCGCCUUUCUCCGCCCCCCACCUCCCCCCUCUCCCUGCCCCCCCACUCUCCCACCCUUGCCCUUGGCUUCCUACCUCCCUGCCCCACCUUUCCCCCCUCUGUGUGCUCAGCUUCUCCCCUCCCUGCCCCUCCCUCCUCCCCGCCCUGCCCCUCGUUUUCCGCCCCCCCACGCCCGGUUUCUCCCCUCCCCGCGCCUCCCUUUCUUUCUCCGUGCCUCUCCUCUGCUCCCUCCCUGCCCCCGCCUGCCCAUGCCCCUGUCUUUGGCUUCUCCCCUCCCUGCCCCACGUUUCUUCCCUCCCUGCCCACCCCCUCUGCCCCUCCCUUGUUUUCCCCUCACCCAUUGCUUCUCCCCUCCCUGCCCUUGAUUUCCCGCACCCCUGCCCUUGUUUCCUACCAUCCAUGCCCCUCGUUUCCCCCCCUUUGUACGUUCAGCCUCUUCCCUCCCUGCCCCUCCCUUCCUCCCCCCCUGCCCUUUGCUCUCCCCUCGUUACGCUCCCUUCUCCCCAUCCCUGCUGCCCUCUUACCACCAUCAGCCCAUCCCCACCACCAGCCCCCCUCCCACCCUUCUCUCCCCCCCUCCCUUUCCCUCUCUCUCUUUCUCACACACACACACGCACACUCCCCUCCCCCACCCCCCACCCACAUCCUCCCAUUCUGCCCCUCCCUGCCCCUUUCCCACCCCCUCGCACGCCCCUCACCUCCCACCUCCGUGCAACUGGUUUCCCCCCCCUAUGGUGCCUCCCUUGCAUCGCUCGCCCCUCUGCUCACCCUCUGCCCGCCCCUUUUCCGUGCCCUCAGCUGGCCCAGCCCCUGCCCGUUGCUGCCCCUCCCCUUGCCCCCUCAACUCCCCUGCCCCCCGUACACCCCAGUCCCAUCCAACCGCCCCCACCCUCCCCCGGCUGCCCGUUUCCGCUCUCCACCCCCGCGACCCAUUACCGCCCCUCUCCCCUUAUCCCCCACCACGCCCCCAAGCAGGCCUUUCUCCCCCCAGCCUCCCGUCUCCCUGCCCUUAGUACCGCCGCGCUCUGCCCGUGCGUCACCCUUGCCCACUUCAUACCACCUCCCCCUUCUCCCCCCCCCCCGGCUUCUCCCUAUCAUCACCCGCAUGUUCCCCCACUCCCCUGUCCACAACGUCCCUCCACCCCCCUUCCUGCUUUCCCCACUCCCACUCUGCCCCCCACACCUCUACGAGCCGUACUUCCCCCUCCAGCCUCCCUUUCCCCCCCAGCUACUUCCGCAUCCAGCGUGGGCUGCACCUCUGCAUCCCGCCCUGCCAGGCCCUUCGGUGACCCAACUGCCGCCACCUGGCACCACGCCGCCUUUCCCACCCCCAUCCAAUCUCUACACCCCCUGCCCCUGCUCCCUGCGCAAUCCAGCCACCUACCCCAGCCUCCCUCUACCUCUCCCUAACUCCACACCGCCGUUCCUACCCCCAGCCAAGGUCUACACCCCUUGCUUUUGCUCCCUGGGCUGUGCCGUCCCCAACCUCCCUCCGCCUUUCCGCGGCACCAGACCGCCUCUCCCUCCCCCAGCCAACUUUUGCACCCCCUGUUCCUGCCCCUUGUGCCCUCCAACACCCUACCUCAACCCCCCCCAGUCUCCCCCUUCUCCAACACCCUCCAUAUUUCCUCCCCCCUGGGGCUCGCCCAUCCGCAGCUAUCACCCUUCAUCGAUUCCCCAAUUCCCUCUGUCCCCUGUUUCCCGGCCCCGCAUCCUAUCCUGCAUUUACCACAGCACCUCCUUUCGGUGCCCUCUCUGCCCUCCCACGUUCUCACCCCCCGCCUCCCAACCUUCUCAUUACCCGCUACCAGGCUCACGCCAACUCGACUACCCACUACCCUUUGCCCCUUCCUCUCUGUUCCCCACCCUUCCUUUCCCACCUGGCUCCACCUGCCCACCCCCACCUCCCGUGGAAUUCUGCCCUGCCCUCCCCACCUCUGGCCCACCACCUGUCCCCACACCCUGCUCACCCACCGCUACACCACCCCCGCCCCCCCACCUCCACUACAGCCCGCCAACACUUCCCCUCUCAAUCGGCCCCCAGCCCGCCCCCCCCUUGGGCCCCAAUCCCCUCCAACUGUCAGGCCCCCUCUACCCUCUCUUCCACCCACUGCGCACCGCUUUCCCCACCCUUUUCCCCUUUCCCCAAGCUAACCCCCCGCACCCCGGCCUCUGCCAGGGAGUUCCUUCCCCCUUUGACGCCCUCUUGAGCCAACCCCAGCAACUCACACCGCCACCGCCAGGCAUGCUGCCUCUAGCCAGGGGGGAACUUGCAGCUGACACUGCACGGGAAGGGGUAAGUGAGUUUGUGUGUGAAGGAGCAGCAGAGGCUACAGAGGAUGGGGCAGCAAAGGCUGCACGGGAAGGGGCAAUGGGGGUUGUGGGGGAAGGGGCAGCAGAGGCUGCAGAGGAAAGGGCAGCAGAGGCUGCAAGGGAAGGGGCAGCAGCGGCUGCACGGGAAAGGGCGGCAGGGGCUGCACGGGAAGGGGCGGCAGGGACCGUGACUCUGGCCAGGCAAAGGGCAGAGGCCAUGGAGACAGGUUUUGCAGGAGUAGGGGCCACGGAACCUGCUGCUGCGUCGGCUGGGGGAACCGCAGCAGAGGAGGCUAUAGGGACCGCACCAGCAGUCGAGGCUGCAAGGACUGCAGCAGGAGCGACAGAGGCCACAGCGGGGGCUGGUAUAGGGGGAGGUGCUACGGGUGCAGCGGGGAAGGGGGUAACGGGGACUGGUGCGAGGGAGAGUGCCGCCCCGGCUGUAGCAAGAGAGGGUACGGCAGGGGCCUCAAAGGCAGAAGGUGAGGCUGCAGCUGAAGCAGCAGGGAGGGCCAUAGCACGGCCAGUAGGGGCGGCAGGGGCCGCAGCAAACUCGGGGAAACACACAGCAGGGCCGGCAGGGCCGGCAGAGACUGCAAAAGGGGCUAGCAGUAAAGCGGCAGCAGGCGGGGUGGGCUUGGGGGACAUAGGGGCAACAGGGGAAGGAGAGGGGAGGGUGGUCCCGACCGGGGUGGGCACUGAAGAGGGGGAUGUGAUAGCGAUAGAGGAGGAUGAGGGAGAGGAUGUGAUGCACAUUGACGGGCCACUGGCCCAAUACCUCACGCUUGACGGUGAGGCCGACCCGGCCCCCCUGCAGCCUCACGUCGAGGUUCCCCCUCUACCCCCCAUGCCCGUCCCCAUGCUAGCAGAAGGACCGAUGGAGGGGCUGGGGGAGACCUUGAGGACAGAGCCGCGCGAGGGAGCCCCCAUCCUCACCUCCCGUCCUCCAGCCCACCAGCCCCCAGGAGCACCACUUCCCCACCCCCACCCUCAGGUCCCGGUAGUGUCCAGGGGGGCAGCCAAGGCCCUGGCCUUCUUGGCGGAGCCGUGCUCCCCGACCCCCACGCUGCUCCAUGGCCAGCCCCCCUCUCCGUCCCCAACGCCUGACCCCACGGUUGCAGGCGGUCCACCGGGAGAGCACGCGGGUGCGACAAGAGCAGAGUCACCCGAGGGCACCCCUUCUCUCACCUCUCACCCCUCCCCGCCCCUUCCCUCACUCCUUCCUUCACCCCCAAGGGCAGCACACCUCUGCCCCCACCCUCAGGGGCUCCUUAGAGCACCACGUGGAGCAGCCAGGGCUCUGGUCUUCCUAGAGGAGCCAUGCUCCCCGACUCCUACCAACACCCAGCCACCCCUUACCGGCCCACUACCCCCUCCUCCACCAGGCCCCCCCCCACCCGGUAGUACACACAUCUCGGAGGUUGAAGCAUCUCUGCGGCCAAAUCCCUCUCCCACACGCUACAGGCACCCAAACCACCCGAGUCGCCGCACAGCCCCAACACGCCCACCCAACAGGCUGCCCUCCCCACACCACCCCCCCCAGGCAGCCGAGACCCACCCGCAAGGGCUUGCGCCCCAGGCUCAUGGGAGCGGCGGCACCCGGGUAGAGGGGCCCACAGGAGAGGCCACCACAGAGCCCACACAAAUCUCUCUCCCCCCACCGUUUGUACCUCGCUCUAACCUCCACACUGGCCCAGCCCCUCGACCCCCACCUCCAACCCCCUCUCCCGGCCGGGUUCCCCACGAGUGGCCCCGUUGGGCAGCCAUCACCCCCCACACACAGCUUGCCCGAUCUGUUCCCACGGAGGGGGAUGUUUCGAGGAGAGUGGGGAUGCACACAGAGCACCCCCUGCCUGGCGAACCACCCAUCCUCCCUCCACCCACCCCUUUGGCCCCACAGCCCCCCCUUCCUUCACAAACAGGCGCGGACAACCAGGUUGGCCGCCGGCGGAAGAACAGGGGCAGAGGAGGCAGAGGGUCAGCCCACGUACUCCCCCCUCCCUCCCUCCCCCACCAAGAGCCCCUCCCCACCUCACAUCCCGUUGAACAAUUACCAGGCCCUACCUCUACAGCCCGUCCACCAAACCUACACUCCCGCCCCGCUCCUGCACCUCCACAGGGCCAUGGGAGCGGACCAGCCCACUCACCCCCAUUCUGCCCCUCCCGUGCUGUGUCCCCCUCCCAGGUGGCGGCGGCCGCGAUCGCUACUGGGAGGGGGGCCGUCGGGUUGAGGGAUGCGCCCAUGGCAGACGCCACCGACUCCCCCUCCCAUCCCUCCCACCCCUUCCAUGUCGACGACCCCCUACCGCAACCCAUGGUGAUUGGGGAGGGCCAAGGGGGCCUUCUAGGGCAGGGUCCACACCCGAGCUCCGCUCAGCCAGCACGCCCCACUCCACCCUCUACCCUGCCAGCCCUCCUACUCUCACCUACAGGCAGGCAGGUCUUCGAGACCCCAGAGGAGGUGAGGGCUGGCAUUUCAGAUUUGCUGGCGAUACACCGCCUGAGCAGCUCUCCGGCUGCCCCCACCCUUCCAGUCCCACAGGACCGGACCCGGACGUAUGCGGAGGUCACCCGGUCUGUCCCUUCUUUUAUCCCCCCCGCCACUCAGCCAGGCGCGUCACUCCCGACCCCAAUGGAGACGGACCGGGGUCUGAGGCCGUGUCACUCGCACCUAGACGGGGUGGCGCCUCCCCCCGUUCAGCCCGUGGCGCAGGAGGUCACCAGCAGUAGGGAUGAGGCAUCCGCCCCUACCGAGACCCCUCCGCCUGGGGUAGCAGAGCCGUCACUUGAACCGCACCCCGCCGAGGGGCAGGAGCACACCACGGCACACACUUCAGGCUCACCUCCACGUCCCCCCUCCCCAGCUUCAACACCGGUGCCGGCACGAGGCCCGGCCCUAUCCUGUGCGACACCACCUCUAUCUUCGCUGACACCCCCCCCGCGCGGGGCUGGUGAGUCGUCUCCUCCCCUCAUCCCAGGCGAUCCUGUCGGAGCUCAGGCCGCCCACGGGGUCCCCUCUACAGCCAGUUCCGACGCCACGGCCCCGAUUGACCCCGCCGACACGGCGACAUCACCCGACCAGGUCGUGAGUUGCCCCACCUGCAGGAGCUCUCUCGCGAACCGACGCGCGCUCCAGCACCACAUUCCCUUCUGCCAUCCUGCGGACGCGGCUCGCAGGGCGCAGGCUGCCCAUGAUACCGCCUCGAUCAUCCCUUCCCUCUCACAGCCCCGUGCGACCGGGAUGCAGUUCACCGACGCACAGUGGCAGACGCUCGACUCGGUGGACUGGACAGAGUACUUCUCGCCCGAGCGUAUCCAUACACGCCCUCUCCGACGUGUCCCGGAGAGGGUCCGCGGAGGAUAUCUUGACGUCCUCAGUGCGAUCCUAGUCCGCAUUGCCCAGGACCCGGAGGCUGCUGGCCCUACCUUCCUCCUCGCUGCAGCGCCGACUCUUUUCCUUGUUCCAGCGACGCCACCCGACCGCUCGCACACGGCUGCCAUUGCAACGCGCAUCUCUCGCUUUGGUCGAGGUGAGUGGGCUGAGCUAGUCUCAGAUGCACUAGGCCGUCGCACACCCCUUCCUCGCCGCACAGGUCACCGGUCACGCACCGCCACCGAUCCCUCUGCAGCAGAUGAGCGCCGCAUUGCACGUUGCCUUCGUCUGGCAGCGUGCAAUGAGACCUCACGGGCGUGCGCGGCUCUCGAGUCCGCGGAGGCAGCCCCAGAUACACAGGGGACGAUACAGCGCCUGCAGUCGAAGCACCCCAACGCGGAGAGGCCGACCCCAGCUUGGCUGUCUGGCUUCCAGGGGUCCCCUCUCGUGCUCUCGGUGGAUCACUUACGCCGCGCGAUUUUCACAGCUCCGCGGGGCUCUUCGGGAGGACCGUCCGGUUGGGUCGCUGAGCACCUGCGAGACACUUUCCUAGCUUUCCCUCAGAGUCUCCAUUUCCUCCUGGCCGUGUACCAGCAGUGGCUCCGAGGCCGUUGCGCUCCAGCUGCGCGCUCCUUGCUAGCGUCCUCCACCCUCGUGGCUCUGGCGAAGUCGAACAUGGAUGUUCGGCCGAUUGCCAUCGGCGAGGUUUUGGUCCGCAUUCUUUCUCGGGCAGUUUGUCUCCAGCUACGUGACCAGAUGGCGAGGGUCUUCUUGGCAUCACAGCAGUUUGGGGUGGGGGUUACGUGCGGGACAGAGGUCGUAGUUAGAGGCGUCCGCCGCGCUCUGGCUGACCACCCAGACUGGGUGGUCCUGCAGCUAGACGUGGCGAAUGCCUUUAACUCUUUCCACCGAGACAGGAUGUUUCAGGCGCUGCAGGCCAGUCCGGAGUUUCAGUGUCUGAUCCCCUUCAUCGGCCUCUUCUACGGGACGCCCUCGGAUCUCCACUACAGGUCAGGCACGGGAGUGGUCACGAUGCACUCGGAGCGGGGCACUCGCCAGGGAGACCCUCUCAGCCCCUUCUUGUACGCUCUGACACAGCGUCUUGCUUUGGAGCCGGUUCUGGCGGAGGGGGAUGUCCAGCUCUGGUCGUACGCCGAUGACACGUACGUGCUAGGUCCCCCAGACAGGGUGCUGCACCAUUUUGCCGAGAUCGUGAGGCGCUUGGGCGAGAUGGGCCUUGCAGCCCAGCCGCACAAGUGCCUCGUCUACCAGACAGAGUCCUUUCUGUCCAGGGAUCUGGAGGCUUUCACGGGCCUAGGGAUCGAGGUCGCACGCCGAGGGCUCACCGUGACAGGCGUACCGGUAGGCACCGUUUCGUUCGUGGAGCAGAGUCUCCCGGAUCGUCUCGAGAGGAUGGGGCGGGUGCUACCUUGGCUUCCGAGGUUGCGCCAGCCCCAGACAGCUGCCCGCCUUCUUUCGGCGUGUGUCAGCACUCGUCCGCAGUACCUGUCGAGGACCGUCCCUCCUUCGCCCGCAGUGAUCUCCAGUUUUACACGGUGGGACGCACGCCUGGGAGAGACUUUUCAGCAGCUUUUAGCUUCAGGGACCUGGGCUUGUCGCGAGGACGUCCGAGAGGCCGCCCUAGACCAGAUCUUCCUCCCCAUCCGUCUCGGGGGUUUCGGCAUUCGUCGCAUGGCGCGCAUGGCCCCGGUGAGUUUCGUGUGCUCCUGGGUGCAGUGUGCACCCAUUCUCUGUUCUCUCCCUGCGUGUGGCGAGGUGUUUCGGCAGAGCUUCGCUUCAGGUGAGCCAGAGCAGAUCGACCGGGCUCUGCAGACGGCGCUAGAGGGUCUCCCUCCUGACGUUCUCUCUCUCCUUCCCCCCUGGCCCUCUUGCGCUUCUGCCUCCCCCGAUUCCCUUUUUGCAGGAGCGAGCCGUCUUCUGGAGGCGCAUGCCUUGGAGGCCGUGCGUGCCCGUCACACCUCUCCCUUGCACCUUGCCCGUUUGACUUCCCUUCAGGGCGGAGGUGCAGGAGCGUGGUUGACGUCGGUGCCGUACGCCGACCCACUGCGCAUCCCGGAGGCGCUGUGGCAGGCGGCUUCAUCUUCUCGUCUUGGUCUCCCUAUCCCCCAGUUAGCCCUUGCAGGUCAGUGCUCCUGCGGACAGGCGAUUGACGACAUGACGGUGCCUCAUCACGCGGUUCGGUGCCCGCGUUACGGGGUCGCCACUACCAUCCACGACACGGUGAAGUACAUGCUUCGAGACUUUGCGGUCGAGGCGGGCUUCGCGGUAAAGGUGGAGGACUCUACGCUGUUCACACAGUUGGAGGCGGCUCGAGCGAGACUACUGGGACAGCCAGUGGUGGGAGAGGGGACACGGGCUGAGGGACCGGGGGAGCGGAGAGGCGAGGCGGGACAGCCGGGUGGCGGGGGACAGUGGGGACGGCACCAGCUGCGGGGUCAGGUGGAGCGAGGGACAGGUGGGCAGAGGGGACGGCAGGGGGAGCAGACGGGCCAGGACGGGGAGGGGGGACGGCACAGGCAGCAGCAGGAGAGCCAGUGGAGGCCGCGGGCCCAGGGCGCCGCGCCUCCAGGUUCGGCCUCGGGGGCGGGGCAGGGGCGGGAGCAGCAGAGAGCGGACGGAGGUACAGGAGGGGCAGCGGGAUUGGGAGGGGAGGGCCAGGGAGUGAGAGAGGCAGCAGGGGAUGGAGCAGGGGGGUCGGGAGGUUUGGGGGAGGGUAGGGAGGGGGAGGGGAGAGGACAGGUGGAUGGAGGAGAGGAGAGGGGGAGAGAGACGAUCGGAGAGGGGGCACCAAGGGACCAGACAGGGCAGCAGCCAGCGCAACAGCAGGGACCAGUCGGACGCACAGGCCGUGUAGGCACCGCCUCCCGCAUUCCAGACCUCACCUGCCGCGACGUUGGCCAGGGUCUGAUGGUUCUUGUGGAUGUCUCCAUAGCGGAUCCACAGCGGGAGGGGAACGUGCAGCUGAGACGGGCGACCCCCACACAGAUUGGAGUGGCAGCAGCUAGGCGGGUGCAGGAGAAGCUGCGUCACUGGGGGCCGCACUUAGAGGGGCUGCAGCCGGCACCACACUUUUACGCGUGCGUGGCGGAGACCUUUGGCCUUCUGAGUGAGCCGCUGCGUCAGUUUCUGGGGCUCUGCGCAAAGAGGAUAGCACAGCGGAGGAGGGAUAGAGGUGGGGGGGAUGACGGAUCGGCACGGAUAUUUGAGGCAGGACUCACUACACGCCUCUCCGUUGCACUGCAGCGCGCGCAGGCUCAAUGCAUGAUCCAGCAUGCGGUGCGGCAGUUAGGGAGUCACACCCCCUGCCCCCUCAUGCCAUCCGCUCCCCCCGCCCCUACCCUCCGCGUGCCCGCUCCCUUGCCGCCUCUUUUGACCCUCCCUGCCCCCCUCGCCGUUUCCCACCGCCCGCCAUUCGCUCCUCCCCGCCCGUGCGCUCCCCUCGUUUACCUUCUCCUCCCCCCUCCCCUCCUCUGCUGCACGCCUCUUCCUUCCCCUCGCCGACCCACUCCACUCCCUGCCCCUCCUCAAUCCGCACCCUGCCCCUCGUAUCUCGCCCCCCUAUGCUUGGUUUCUCCCCUCCCUGCCCCUCGCCGCCUUUCUCCGCCCCCCACCUCCCCCCUCUCCCUGCCCCCCCACUCUCCCACCCUUGCCCUUGGCUUCCUACCUCCCUGCCCCACCUUUCCCCCCUCUGUGUGCUCAGCUUCUCCCCUCCCUGCCCCUCCCUCCUCCCCGCCCUGCCCCUCGUUUUCCGCCCCCCCACGCCCGGUUUCUCCCCUCCCCGCGCCUCCCUUUCUUUCUCCGUGCCUCUCCUCUGCUCCCUCCCUGCCCCCGCCUGCCCAUGCCCCUGUCUUUGGCUUCUCCCCUCCCUGCCCCACGUUUCUUCCCUCCCUGCCCACCCCCUCUGCCCCUCCCUUGUUUUCCCCUCACCCAUUGCUUCUCCCCUCCCUGCCCUUGAUUUCCCGCACCCCUGCCCUUGUUUCCUACCAUCCAUGCCCCUCGUUUCCCCCCCUUUGUACGUUCAGCCUCUUCCCUCCCUGCCCCUCCCUUCCUCCCCCCCUGCCCUUUGCUCUCCCCUCGUUACGCUCCCUUCUCCCCAUCCCUGCUGCCCUCUUACCACCAUCAGCCCAUCCCCACCACCAGCCCCCCUCCCACCCUUCUCUCCCCCCCUCCCUUUCCCUCUCUCUCUUUCUCACACACACACACGCACACUCCCCUCCCCCACCCCCCACCCACAUCCUCCCAUUCUGCCCCUCCCUGCCCCUUUCCCACCCCCUCGCACGCCCCUCACCUCCCACCUCCGUGCAACUGGUUUCCCCCCCCUAUGGUGCCUCCCUUGCAUCGCUCGCCCCUCUGCUCACCCUCUGCCCGCCCCUUUUCCGUGCCCUCAGCUGGCCCAGCCCCUGCCCGUUGCUGCCCCUCCCCUUGCCCCCUCAACUCCCCUGCCCCCCGUACACCCCAGUCCCAUCCAACCGCCCCCACCCUCCCCCGGCUGCCCGUUUCCGCUCUCCACCCCCGCGACCGUGUGCGGCUUCCAACCGCCCAACGGUGGUGCGCACGGGGCGUUUCUUCGCACGGGCAAGCCUCCCCGGGGGCCCCCCACCCCGCUGGGUCGUUGUUCGGGCAAAAAAACGAAAAUGA